UGUUCAUUUUACUUCAAAAUUGGAGCUUGUCGUCAUGGAGACAGAUGUUCUCGGUUGCACAACAAACCAACAUUUAGCCAGGAAGCGAUGCUGUUGUAAGCUUGCCUGUAGUAGAGACCAACCAGUGCUAACAUUCAGACAACUUGAUUUUAAGAAGAACGGUACAAAUACCAUCUUGAUUCAAAACAUCUAUCGUAACCCCCAAAACAGUGCACAGACGGCUGACGGCUCACACUGUGCUGUGAGCGAUGUUGAGAUGCAGGAACAUUACGAUGAAUUCUUUGAGGAGGUCUUCACAGAAAUGGAAGAAAAAUAUGGUGAAGUGGAGGAGAUGAACGUUUGUGAUAAUCUUGGAGACCAUCUAGUUGGAAAUGUAUACGUAAAGUUUCGCCGUGAAGAAGAUGCAGAAAAAGCUGUGAUUGACCUGAACAAUCGCUGGUUUAAUGGACAGCCCAUUCAUGCUGAGCUUUCACCUGUGACUGAUUUCAGAGAGGCCUGUUGUCGUCAGUAUGAAAUGGGAGAGUGUACACGAGGAGGUUUCUGCAACUUUAUGCAUUUGAAGCCCAUUUCUCGAGAGUUAAGACGUGAGUUGUAUGGACGUCGUCGUAAAAAGCAUAGAUCCAGGUCAAGGUCCCGUGAGCGUCGGUCUAGAUCCAGAGAUCGUGGUCGUGGAGGUGGUGGUGGUGGAGGUGGACGUGAACGUGAUAGGAGGCGAUCAAGAGAUCGUGAAAGAUCUGGUCGAUUCUGAGCCAUGCCAUUUUUACUGUAUGUCUGCUAGAAAGUGUUGUAGUUUGACCAAACAAGUUCAUAAUGAGAUUUUUUUUAAAGAUGGGCUUCUGAAUAAAAAAUUUGUAGUGAUACAGUAUUCUUUGUGUAACUUGUUUCUUGUGGGGGGAGUCUUUUUAACUGUCAUUCCUCUAUCUUGACAAAUACCUGGAUUAACUAUGCCUGAGGGAAAGGUGGUAAAUGUAUUGGA